AGUUAACCAAAGUGUUGAAAAGACGAAAGUAGCCCGAUAUUGUAUAUUGCAUUUCUGAUUUCAUGACAACAUUCACCAAGAAAUCCAAGGAGUAAACGGUAUGUAAUUUCAACCGAAGCCAGAAACAUUCUGCUGUGAAGCUGCGUCUCGGGUGAUUACGCAGUGCAACGCUCUAGUCUUGGUGAACACUAGCUGGCAAAGAUGCUGAAUAAAUAAAAAGCUGAAGACUGAAAGCAAUGGUAUCUCCAUGGCGAUGGCGAAUAAUUCCCAACAGUCGACAGCUUCUGGUCCUGGCAUGCCUGCUGUUUUUAUUCUGGUGUAUGACCUUGUACAGAGUUUCCAACUUCAGUCUUGGCAAACAGAAAGAAAGUGAAGUUCUUAAGAAUGAAAUAAUAUCAUUGAGUGAGAAGUAUGUGCGAGCUCUGUCCAGGGAGAACACGGACAUUGUGGACGGGCCUUACGCCGGCCGAUUCACUGCUUACGAUCUGAAGAAGACAAUGGCCGUGUUACUAGAGAGCAUGCUGGAACGUCUGAGUCGGCUAGAGAAUCAGGUUCAUCAUGUGAUGAACGUAUCUAACUCCUCCCUGGCUAACCUGACACGCCCACUACUGACCGAGCAGAGCGAGGACUCCAUACAUGCUGAAGUGAAAAAUGUGUCACCCACGCCUACGGUAACACUUACAACUGUUACAAGGUCCAUUCUCAUAGAGUUUGGACCAAUGGUGACACAAGGUGUCAGAGAAGUUGGUAAAUCCAAGCGAAUUCAGCUAGAUCUUAUUCUUGGGAAGACAGAGGCUUGUAUGCUGACUGAACAGGACAAACAGGUGUACACCAAAUGUGAAGGCAAGCUGGAGUGGAUGAGACAGAUGUGGCAGUCUGACGCGUGUUAUGCCUCCUAUGGAGUGGAUGGCUCGGAGUGUUCAUUUCUGAUGUAUCUGAGUGAGGUUGAAGGAUGGUGUCCUAAAAGAACAUGGAAAAAAAAUGUCAAAGUUCCUAUAGAAGAUAAAUCCAAAGUCCAAUAUAUUGAUACCAACGACGACAUUGAAGGGUUGAUGAAAAUUUUGGUGGACCCCAAUGAGAGGCAGGGCUAUGCCUGGAUCAGAAUGAGGAUCAGAAAAAUGUGGCCGAAAUGGGUCCUGGCGGCAGGGAACCUGAAAGAGAAACAAAAGCUGGAGAAACGCAGGCGGAAGAAGAUUCUUGUCCAUUUGGGGCUGCUUUCUAAACAGUCUGGCUGGGGAUUUGCUGAAAAUCAAUUCAAAGGUGGACCUCUAGGAGAACUCGUACAGUGGAGUGACCUGAUCUGUACCCUGUAUGUGUUGGGACAUCAGCUGACCAUUACCAGUGAAACUUAUCAGCUGGAAAAGAUCUUAAGUCAGCUGCCCGCUGCUAAUUCGCCCUGUCAGAGCAGGACUGACCUACCCGUCCAUAUCAUCUACACAGACAUUGUAGGACUCAGGCAGUUCAAGAGAUAUGUUAAAGGAGGCUAUGGCAAAUUCAGCUGCUUGUUGAGAAUUGUGGACUCCUUUGGUACAGAACCUGCCUACAAUCUACGAAUGUAUGCCAAGGCCCACAAAAUCCUCACCUCCUGGGGAGGACAGGACCUGCUUCCUCAGCAGUUCUUCACCAUGUUCCCUCACAGUCCUGACAAUUCUUUUAUGGGAUUUGUGGUGGAACAACAUUUGAAUGACUCGGAUGUGAAGGGAAUCAAACGAGAGAACUGGGCUUUGGUGUAUGGCAAAAACGACUACAUGUAUGAGAAUGCAACCAGAGUGUCCUUAUACAGGGGCAAAGACAAGUACCUAAAUACAAUCAAGAAAAGACUAGAGGUCCACGGCACGGUUUAUGUGGACGAGAAGGCCAAGACUAAGCGCUCCUACAUGCCCAGCUUUGUCACGAACCAUGGUCUGCAAAAACCAGAGGAUUUCCAUGUACUGCUGAGAAAGUCCAAGAUAUUUGUUGGUCUCGGAUUUCCUUAUGAAGGUCCUGCUCCUCUGGAAGCCAUAGCUAAUGGUGCUGUUUACCUCAAUCCUAAAUUUGCAACCCCCCAUAGUAGUAAAAAUAUACAGUUCUUCAAGGGCAAACCAACAGCAAGAGAGCUGACCAGUCAACAUCCUUAUGCUGAGCUGUUCAUUGGUGAGCCGUAUGUAUACACAGUAAACAUGCACAAUGACACACAAGUCCUAAAGGUGCUGGACAAAAUUCUUCAGAACAAAGAGUUCACAUCCCACAUGCCAUAUGAGUUUACAGAGGAGGGCAUGCUGCAAAGGAUGAACGCCUACAUCGAACAUCAAAACUGGUGUCAGUUCCAGAAGCAGGAGGCAAAAUGGCCGCCACAUUCAGCCAUUUCUUUUGUCAUGGGAGCUGAUGGCCAAUCCUGUAAAGAUGCUUGCUGGCAGCAAGGAUUGAUAUGUGAACCUAGUCAUUUUCUGCAAAUUAAUUCAGCUAGGUCCAUGAAGCAAGCCAAAGUGGACUGUAGUCGUGAAGAUUAUGUGGCAGACAUUUUCUACCCAGGGUACGACCCUCACUCUAAGGAGUGUGUUUUUCAGAAAGAGGAGCUAUUAUUCAGCUGCGUAGGCCAAAAAACAAAUUUCCGACGCUUUUGUCCGUGUCGGAACUACAUUAAGGGCCAGACAGCGCUGUGUCAAGAAUGUUUAUGAGUAACCGGUUUCCAACUGGUUCAACUAUCACCUGUGUGAAAGGUUUUACCUGAAACCAUAGAUAUCAUUUAAAUACAUGUAAUAGGAAGCUGAUGUACCCUGUGCAUUUAAUAUCAAAAAUAUUUUUAAAACAGAAAUAUAAUUUUAUUUAGUCAUUUUCAAACAAUUUGAAAAGAAAAAGUCCUUUUUAAGAAUUUAUUUUAAGGGUUGUAUUUUUAAAUAUUUUUUUUGUUUACAAAUAUGUUUAUGAUAAGAUUUUUCCAAUCAAAGUGAGAGGAUUUAUGCAGUUGGUCUUGGUACUUUCAAUGUGUUCAUCAUUCCAUAUGUGUAAAAUGCCUAUUUUUGAGAAACAUAACUUCAUUAUAUUCAUUAUGUAUUUAUUGAACUGCAUGUACUGUAUUAAGUUUUAAUGUACUUUAAAUAUUUCAAGGUGUUUGAAAUAUUGAUGCAGUUAUACCUCAUGGAAAUGCCCAAAACUUGCACAUGCAUAUUCACUGUACCGGUAUAUUUAUUAAUCAAUUAUUAAUGCAAACAUGAUACAUCGUAACCAGCAUUAUCUGAUUCAUCUGAAUUAUAGGUACAGUGUAUGUAGGCAGAUCAAAAUCAAAUCAGACAAAUCAAAAUUUUCUUAUUGGUUAUUGGUUAUCCCUACCUAAAGUACCAUUAAAAACCAUUAAAGUACCAUUAAAAACUGUUUUAUAUUGAUCAAAAUCCUUUUUUUAAAAAAAACACCAAACUUAUAGCCAUUGGAACUUAUUAAGUAAGUUAUUUGUUUAAUGAACAAUGGGAUAGAUUAUCAUAGUACAUGUACCUAUUGCAUAAUUCAGUAGAAAUCAACUAAAUGCAUAAUUGAGUGAAUGGAACACACAGUUUUACAUAUAGAGCUGAUCUCACAAGUAACAGAUAUAGAGUGAAGAGUGUGAUACAGUAUGGUGUGUAUUUAUUUUAUGAAUGACACAAUCAUUGUCUUCAAAAAGCUUUACUGUUGUGCUUUAUUUUAUGAUACAGGCAAACCUUUUUAAUAUCUAUAACUUGGUUAACAUAGGAUAGAGAGGACAAACUAUCCGUGGUAUUUGAGAUAUCAAUAUUUGACUUAUCGAAGUUCAAUUACUUUAUGUAUUAUUUUGGAUUUAUUUUUUUAUCUGCAGGAAGCUUUAGUGAAAUCAGAGACAUAAAUAACAGAGAUUGGCAACUCCGCUAUUAGCGUAUUUUGUUGUUGAAAAAUGUUACGGGACCAACCUUACUUUGAGAACUACAUAUUAUAUGGAAAACGAUCUUAAACCAAAAGUAUAUUGUUUUUAUGAAAAAUGUGCACAGAUUUUAGACAUUUUUAAAACAAAAACUUGAAAAAUAAGAUAUAUACCGGCAUAUAAAAAUUGGCCAGCUAUGAAAAUCGACGAAAUCUCAGACGGCAGGUUGCCAACUGCGUACUUUUUUAAUAUUGUUUAUAUGACAUAAACUCAUGAACAUAUAAUAUUUUGAAUGUUUUGGUAGUAGGGUUUAGCUGUUUAUAUUUCGAUAUAAUUGUUUAUUAGAAAGAUAUACUGAUUUAAACUGGGAAAUCUUUACAAUAGGGACCGCGCGAUUUCGAUCAGUUGCCAAUCUCUGUUAUUUAUGUCUUUGGUGGAAUCAAAUGGCAACAUCAGCUAACAUAUUAUUUUUGUUGUUAUGCAUUGUAUGCAGUAUCAUUGUAUUUGAAGCACAUCUUUAGAUAGAAGUUACAAUUAAGUGGCCUUCAUUCAUGGUUAUAGUACUAGGGAUCCAUUGGCUUGAGUACUAGUCGGCAGUUUGUGUACUUAGUUACACCAAAUUAUUUUUUAAAAGUUUACUGAAGUUCAAUACAAUUCAAAAAUUACAUACAUAUAUUGAACAACAAAACACAUUUUUAAAAUUUAAAAGAACUGAAGUGGGAUGCACAUGCAUUUUUGAACAAUAGAACGAACAUAAGAUUGACACAUUUUUAAACAAAAGUACCAAAGAAAGAUAGUAAUUUUGUUUUAAUAAAGUAAGGAAGAAUGAAACACAAUAAAUGAAGUAAAAUUAUACACAUUUUUCGAAGGUAAGUCCUUCAUUCCUAGUCAAUCAGACUCAAAAUAGCUAGUAAUCAACAUUCCCAGUCAAUUAGGAAAAUGCAGUAGCUUUUUCUGUGGGUCAGCUUUAUAAGCAUUUAACACAUUGUUUGGAGAAAUACUAACAAACUUGACUUUUCCUACCGUAAUCAAAUACUCUGUACUGCAAGGUAUAAAUUUUGAUAAUUUGAUAAAUUUGUAUGAUCGAAUCAUAUAUAUCGAUAUUUCAUAUUCAAUAUUUUGAUCCUGUUGCACAAUAUCAAAAGAGAUAGGACUAGAACAAUGUACACAUAUACCCCGUUUUUCAUGAAUUAAUGCUUUAAUCAAUAUAUCAGAAUUGUUGGUUUUACUUUAUAUAUAAUAUAAAUAUAUGUGUAUAUGUUUGAUUAUUUUAAGAUUAUGCUAUAUAUACGUGGUACGCCUUUAUAUGCUAGUAUUUGAAUGUAGUGAAUUAAGAAAUGAUUUUAUCAAACCCUUGUUGAUUUAUGACGAUGAACUGUUGACCAGGUUAAUUGUUAUAUUGUUUAUGAUGAUCUAUUUAUUAUAUAUGUACACUAUGAAAUAUAUGUUGUUAUAAUAUUCCAAGAUCGCCAUUAAUUAUUAUUGCUGAUGAUGCACUGACACAAUUAAUUAUCACGUCUGAUUGAUUUAUCCUUUUUUUUAAACAAUUAUUUUUUGAAAACUAGAUUCUUGUUAGCUCUUAAGUUUAUUUUUGUAUCUGCUGAUAAGCACACACCUGCAGGCACUGUUAUAUGACCCCCUUUGAUUUUCCUUGAAUGUGGAAUUGUUCAUCACUUUAUGUUUCAAGCAAAUAAGUUAAAAUAAAUUGAAAAGUCCAAAUUAUUUCCCCCAAGAUUUAACAUUUAAUAGCCGAAUUUUUUUAAAAUCUCAGAUACUGCAUAUUGUUUUAUUUGAAUAAAUCCUACUUUGUAUGGAUCUAGGUAGUUUGUUGACUGCUGCAAUCUUACAAAGUUGAUGUAAAAUGGGAGGGUUCAGCCAUUAGAAGUAAUUUUUAAGUAAUGGGUCUAUUAGAUACAUGUAAAACAUUUAAAAUCCUGAUUGUGUAGAAGGAAUGUUGCAGCAACUGAAGUACUGGCUUCCUGUAAUAGAUCCAAGUGCCAAACAAAAGUUGAAAUUGAAAUCUGUUAAUGAUAUAUGUACAUGCUCCAAGAAAAGACAGGAAUCAAUAGAAAGCUUGAUUAUCAGUAAAUGACCAAUAUCCAUUUGUUGUUGCCAUAUUUGAUACACAGCUUAAGCUAUAAUGCUCAAACUCAAUGUCGAUUAUAUACUUGUCUAUUUCUGUCUCAGCUAGCUUAUUAUAUCCAUUCUUUUCAUCAUCUAAUCACCUUAGAAAAGCAUGUAAGUUUCCAUAGAACCAAAAGUUUUUCUUCAUUGUUAAAAAAAAAGGUUUGAAAAUCAAAUAUCUUGUGCAAUUUUAGUAGUGUAUUGUACAAUUUGUCCAGUGAUUUUUUUGUACAUUCAAUAAGAGUGAUUACUUGGGUAUUUAGAUAAUAAUCUUGUAACUGUUUUCUCCUUAUCUCUUAGAGACGAAUACUAUGUUUUAUUUACUCUUUAGCAAUUGAAAGGUCCUUAGGUCUUGGACUUGCAGGUUCACUUUAUAGUGAUUAGUCUUUCUGUCAAUCCAAUAUUACUUGUCCAUGAUAUAAUUUCUCUCUCCCACCCCCACCCCCUUGGCCCAAUCUGGCUCAAAUUUCACACACAGAUUGCUUGUGGGUAAAAGGUUUGCAUUGACCUUGUAAAGAUUCUAUUAAUAAGUAAAAGGUCAAGUUCAUAAAAGUCUUUAGUGAAAAAUCUUUUUGUGGACCAGUAUCUGCCCUUAGCCCUUUUAGCUUAUACUGCUUGUGGGUAAAAGGGAUGCAGUGAUUUUAAAAAGAAGUUUCUAGGUCAAAGUUGAAGGUCAUAGCAGAUAUCUUUGAAAUUCUGCUUUGGAGCAUAAUGUAUCUCUUAAUGACCUGUCUUUUGCUCAAACUUUAUGAAAAGACUACCAUAAGUAAGGGGUGUGCAGUGACCUUGAAUUGAGAUUCUAUGCCUGUUUUAAAUUUUUUGUUCUGCAAAGUUAAUACCAGUCUUUCUAAAAAUUUUGUGAAUUCUAGAAGUUUACCUCUACGUUAAGUGUUUGUAUAAUUACCUGUACAUGUUGAUAAUUAAUAUGUUAAAUAUUUUAUCUGAAAUCAUUCCAGACACAUAGCUAUAAGGACAUUCAUGUCCUGUUUUGUUAUAGACAUUGCAAUUUAUAUUAAUGCAGAAGAUUCAAACUUUUUGAAACUGCUUAAUUUUUAUUACCUGUCAGUUGGGAGAAAAAAACUUCAUUCAAAUGGGGUUAUUUUUGUUGCAUUUUGAUUCAUGUGUGCAUGUUAGUUCGACUUUUCGUCUUAAUUGUUCAUUGAAGUUACAAUGUACUUGUACGUAUACAAAUGUAUAAUGGAAGAGUCACUGCAAUUGGUCAUAUUGAGCUUUACAUUUGAAAUAAAAACUUCCGAUACCUGUCAC